GCUGCCUUCCUUGCGAUGGCAGAGGUAGUGGCUGAGAUGGCUGAGAUGCCGACACAGAUGUCAUCAGGGGCAGUAGAAAUGUCAACACCCAUGUCAGGGGAAAUGACAGAGAUGUCAACAGAGGUGACUGAGAUGACACCAGGAGAGGCUCUUGCUUCAUCUCUAUUCUUCCAGCAUCACCAGUUCAUGUGCUCUGAGUGUGGCAGCCUCUACAACACACUGGAGGAAGUCCUCUCACACCAGGAGCAGCAUAUACUCACUGUCUCAGAGGAAGAGGCACUGACCACCCAGGAUGCUGGCCUGGCACAAGAGCUAAUGCCAGGCACUGAGGAGGGACCUUUCCAGUGUGGUGAAUGCAGCCAGAUCAUCCUCUCCCCUAGUGAGCUCUUGGUCCACCAGGGUGCCCAUCUCCGGGAGUCUGCAAGCCAGAUCCAGUAUCAGUGUGGGGAAUGCCAGGUGCUGUUCCCCUCCCCUGAGCUGUGGGUGGCUCAUCGCAAGGGCCAACACCUUUCUGCUGCAGCAGUUGAGCCACUAGUGCUACCUCCUUUGCCUCCCCCAACACCACCACCUCCACCCCCUCCACCACUUGAAGUCAAAAUGGAGCCCUAUGAGUGUCCUGAGUGUUCUGCCCUCUGUGCCACCCCUGAAGAGUUCUUGGAGCAUCAGGGCACCCAUUUUGACUCUCUAGAGAAAGAAGAGCGCAAUGGGCUGGAGGAGGAGGAAGAAGAUGAAGAUGAAGAAGAUGAUGAAGAGACAGAAGAUGAGGAGGAGGCAGUGGCAGAGAUUGGUGAUGAUACUUUGGGAGGUGACAAGUCCACAGCUGGCCAGGCCCAGGGCUGUGGAGAUUGUCCCCAGCACCAGACCUCAGCAGCAACACGCCAACGACACCGGCGGACAGCUUGUGGCCCAGCAUCAGCAACCCACCCCUUCCACUGCAGUCAGUGUCAGCGCAGCUUCAGCUCAGCCAACAGACUGCUGGCUCAUGGGCGGGCCCAUGUAGGUGGCACACACGAGUGUACAACUUGCUCUAAGGUCUUCAAGAAAGCAGCCUCACUAGAGCAGCACCUUCGGCUGCACCGCGGGGAGGCCCGCUACCUCUGCGUAGACUGUGGCCGUGGCUUUGGCACAGAACUCACAUUGGUGGCCCACCGGCGGGCCCACACUGCCAACCCAUUGCAUCGCUGUCGCUGCGGCAAGACGUUCAGCAACAUGACUAAGUUCCUCUACCACAGGCGCACUCAUGCUGGCAAAAGUGGAGUGCCUCUGGCAGGAACAGCUGCCCCAGCUCCAGCUGAGCCCAGCCCCCCACCUCUGCCCCCAGCCCCACCUGUCCAGCUGCCUUGCCCACAGUGCUCUAAGUCCUUUGCCUCAGCUUCCCGGCUCUCACGGCACCGGCGUGCAGUACAUGGGCCCCCUGAAGGGCGACACCGCUGCGGAGUUUGUGGCAAGGGCUUUAAGAAACUGAUCCAUGUACGCAACCAUCUGAGGACACACACGGGGGAGAGACCCUUCCAGUGUCACUCAUGUGGCAAGACCUUUGCUUCUUUGGCCAACCUUAGCCGCCACCAGCUGACCCACACAGGUGUGCGUCCGUACCAGUGCCUGGACUGUGGCAAGCGCUUCACUCAGAGCUCCAACUUGCAGCAGCACCGGCGGCUGCACCUGCGGCCAGUUGCCUUUGCUCGUGCCCCCCGCCUCCCCAUCACUGGUCUCUACAACAAGAGCCCAUACUACUGUGGGACCUGUGGCCGCUGGUUCCGAGCCAUGGCAGGCCUGCGACUGCAUCAGCGGGUCCAUGCCCGAGCCCGGACUAUGACCCUGCAGCCUCCUAGGUCACCAUCUCCUGCCCCAGCCCCUGAGCCUCAGCAGACUAUCAUGUGCACAGAGCUGGGGGAGACCAUUGCCAUCAUUGAGACAUCCCAGCCACUGGCACUUGAAGACACGUUGCAGCUGUGUCAGGCUGCACUAGGGGCCAGUGAAGCAAGUGGGCUGUUGCAAUUGGAUACAGCCUUCGUGUGAUAGAGCUGAGGAGCAACAAACAAUAAAAGGGUUUAGUUGCAACAGCAAGUGUGGCUACCUCUUGAGAGAGAGGGGACCCCCACCUCUGGCAAGCUGAUCUGGCACCCACCAUGUGCCAGGAGCCACCCUGAUCUCUUUUACCCACUGACACUUCAGAAUAACCCUGCCAGGCUUCUCUUGUCAUCUUUCUCUGCCUGAGGGGAAACUGAAGCUCUGAGAUACGACAUGAUCUGUACCAGGUCACCCCGCCAUGUUGCAAAGCAGGGUUUGCCAAGGCUUUUUGCACUGCAUCACCCUGGUGCCCAGCAACAUCAGGUAACCUUUUCUGAGCACUGACCACAUGCCAGGUCUGUGCUGGGCACUCUCAUAUACCUCUUAAGAUCCUCUGUCUGUCCCCCCAGCCCUAGCUUUCCCUGGACUUUGGGUACCCAGGACUUGACUCUGCCUACUGGAGAAAGGCACUUGACUUCAUCUCAAUUUUGACAAUGUCAAAGGAAAUCUGUAGGUACUCAGGCAUUCAGCUCCAGACUGGGUGAUGCAAUGAGUCAGAGAUAGGCUCUGCCCUCAGGAGGCAUGCAUAGUCUGGUAGGAGGAGCACACACAAGUACAGAUGGCUUGUUCUCUGA